GCCGCGUGUAUUCGACCACUGCCUCAAUUAGAAGAAAGAAAGGUCUCAAUUGUCAGUCGAAGAGAGUGAAAGAGAGCGAGAUCAACUUGGAGUAGCUCUGGUGUUGCAGCUAGGCAGCCAUGGCAUUUGCGACUCGCACCGCCAAGACAGCCGCUUCAUCUCUCGCACCAUAUCAUCGAAUUGCUAUUUUUAACCCUAAUUGCAGACGACUCUCAUCAUCAUCAUCAUCUUCGGCUGAUUAUCUAUCAUCAACAAAUCAGAAGAUGAAGAAGAAUAAUUCAACUGAACGAUUAUCCGCAGUAAUUGACGCUGCUAAUGAUCGCAAACUCCCUCCUCAACUUCGUGGCCAACGCAACAAUGUCAGGUCAGAAACUGACAUAAUCAACAUUGUUGAGAAAAGAAUAUGGCAGUCCAUGGAAGAAGGCCAUUUCGAGAACCUACCUGGCAAGGGAAAACCUCUGGAUCUUAGUACCAAUCCUCAUGCAGACCCUGAUGAAGACACACUAUAUCGAAUUCUCUCAAGGAAUGGGUGUGCUCCAGAGUGGGUUGAACUCAACAAACAGAUUAGGAGUGAAGCUGCUGAAUGGCGGUCAGCAUUAAAGAAAGCUUGGGCGUACAAUCUCAAUGGAAAUAAUGCCAAAUGGACGGAGUGCUCAGAGGCUCUGAAAGUUCAAAUGAGAGCUAUUAAUAACAAGGUAUUUCGCUAUAACCUAGUUGUACCGUUUGGUCGCCAGAUGUGUGGUAUCAAGUGGGAGAAAGAAUUGGAUCGCCUAAGAGAAUCAUGACAUGCAACUUUCCAGCGUUUACAAUGCAGUUGACUAAUGAAAUUGUCAUCCUAGGGAAAAAAAAGGCAGGUUUUAAGAAAGUUGCAUAUAUUAAGUGGAAAUUAGAAGAGCUAUGAAACUUAUAUAGAGUGAUUAGUGGGAGCUGAAUUAUACAAUAGAUUGUGUUCGACUUUCGUGCCUUCACUUCAAAAUGUAUCUCUCUCUUGAUUUCUUUUUCACUUGCAAUAGUAUAAUCUGUGGUCAUCAUACAUUUUUAUAACCAUUAGAGGAGUUAGUUAUUAGAUAAAUGGGUUAUGGAAAUUCUUGAGCAAAGUUAUACACAGGUUUAACUUGGUGUGUUAAAUAAAGUGGGAGUGAUAACAACUAUGAGAACUACUUAGAUAAUACACUUUUACUAUAUUGUACAUAGUUCGCAUAAUACUUAUUUAGACGUGGAAGUUCUUUUCAUGGAUUUAUCUUCAUCUUCCUAAUUUGUAAUCUAGCAUUUAUAUGAUAACCAUGAAUUUUCUUUUA